GUGAGGACACGCCCCCCUGUCAGCUGUCUGUGGAGCGGGUGGCAGCGCAGUUGUUUUUAUAGAGACGUCACUCGCUGGGGGAUUGGAGGUGACCCGGAGCGGCGGGCGGAGGACGGGAGUGUAAACACGAGGCCUGGGGCUCCCCGGGGCCGGCCUGGCUCACAGCGAGGGCAUUUGACAGGCUCAGAGAAGGCGUUAUAAAGGGUUCCUCCAGUGGUUUCAAGGAGUUCCUUGAGUAGUAAACAGUGGCGGGUUGAUCUCCUGCCUGACGGUGUCCAACACCCCUCUGCAAAGCCAACCUCAUGGGACGUCGCUUCUACUUUCUCAGAAAAACAUGUCUGAAAACUCUAGUGACAGUGAAUCAUCGUGCGGAUGGACAAUUAUCAACCAAGAGGGUUCAGAUAUAGAGACCCUGCACUCAGAACCUGGAGAAGCUGACCUUCCUUCAGAACACAGUGCGACAUUUGUCGAAGGUUUGCAGCCAGAUUCUCCACCAGAGGCAACAGAUACACGUAUCAAUGAGGGUUCCUUGGCUGCUGUAGAGAAUUUACAACCUGCUACAGAAGAGCGUUUGCUGAUUUCUGAGGCUCUGUCCUCUUCGGGUGCAGUAUCUGAUAACUCGCCUAGAAGUGCAGAAUGUGACAAUAAGGAAGGUAUCUCGGUUGAUGGUGGUCACUGCGAGGCCGUCAGCGAUGACUCUGACAUUGUCACUUUGGAUCCUCCCAAGACAAAUGAAGCUGGGACUCAAGGAGAAGAGGAGGAGGAAGAAAUUCCGGAGGAUGCCGCUGAAAUCAAUGACAUGAACAUGAGCUUUUCUUCAAGUAGUCAGUACACAUUCAGCCAGCCAGAAACUGUGUAUCCCUCCCAGCACAGUGCAGAUGAGUCCAGCAACGAUGAAGCAAGCGACGAUUCAGGACCCAUCCUGCGACGGCGACGUUCUAAAAGAUCGACUGCAUCUGUAUCAGAGUCUGAGAACAAGCCCACCCCUGACCAUACCGUCCUUCCUGAGCUCAGAACACCAGCAAAAAGCGGGAACAAUCUAAACAAGUGUGUUAUUCUUGCUCUGGUCAUUGCUGUAAGCAUGGGCUUUGGACAUUUCUACGGUACUGUUGAAAUACUGGAACGUCAAAAAUUUGUUGAAAAAAUCUGUGAAAAUGGUCUAAAUGACAUGAAGGACGACCUGGUUCAGUGUCAAAAGGACCAAGAAUCCACAAUAGAACAGAAAGAGGUUGUGGAGCAGCUUACAGAAGAUCUAGAGGAGAGACAAGAUUUGGUACUAUCUCUGGAGGGACUGAUGGAUAAAAUUGCCAAAGAAAAUCAGAAGCUCAAGCAAGAACACACAGAGUUGAAGUUAGAGGCGGGUGACCUGGCAACCAGCUUAAAAACAACAGAAGUGCAAAAUGGGAAUCUGGCUCUGGAAAACCAGCACCUUAGGGAGUCUUUAGAAAAAGAAGAGCAAGCUUUAUCUUCUCUUAAAGAGGAACUAAGAAAAUUGAGAGAACAGAUAAGAAACCUAGAAGAAAAAGGAAGGCAUGAGACGGUACAGUCUGAAAACCAGAAGCUGAAAGAACAUUUAAAAGAAGAGCGGCAAAAGAUCCGCAGUUUUCGAACACAGAAGGAAGCAUUGCUAAGCGAAGCCCAGGUUCUCAGGAAAGAACUUGACAACGAGAGGCAAAUUACAGACUCUCUGAAGGUGGAGCUUGAAGAGAUAAGCAAUCGGAGAGCUUCUAGUGUCACCUAUGAUGCUAUUAAGAGUAAUGAAGAGAUUGAACAUUUCAAAAACCGUCUUUCCGAGUUAGAGAAGAAACUCAAUUUUGAGCAGCAGAGGUCAGAUUUGUGGGAACGGCUUUACAUUGAAGCCAAAGAACAGAAUGAGAAAAAAGAUGGCAAAAAUCCACGUACUCGUCCAGAGUCAGAAAAUUCCAACGACGGUAAAUCAAGCAAACAAAAAAAGAAAGGUAAAUCCACAUUUUUUAACUCGGUUAAAGAUACUUUUGAUGCAAUGACAAAUUCAACCAAAGACUUUGUGAGACAUCAUAAGGAAAAAAUCAAACAGGCAAAAGAAGCAGUAAAGGAGAAUUUAAAGAAGUUCUCAGAUUCAGUGAAAACCACAUUCCGCCAGUUUAAAGACUCCACUAAAGGCAUGUUUGACAAAAACCGCUACAGAAAACAUGCAGACAGACGGAGGGAGGAAUCCAAAGAAGCACAUACCGUACGCCGAGAAUUUAAGCCUGGCUUUGAGAAGACUUUUCCCAACAAAGAAACUGCCACCGAGCACAAAUACGAAAGCUCACAAGAUGCUCCUAAAUCUGAGGACUUUAAAGAUGAAUCCACCCAGCCAUUAAAUAAUGAUGAAAAGACCAAAAGCCACCAGCAAAAGGGUUGUUCUGAUAUUUUUGAAUGUGCUCGCCAAGAAUCAGUUAGUCUCUUCAACAAGGUGCUGGACCCCGUGACAGUAGAAGAAUUCCACGAUUUGUUGCAAGUAUAUUUACAAGAGCAAGUGGGUGAUUUCCGACACUGGAAAGAACUAGAGCAAUUCAUUAGUCAAUUUUUUCAGAAUGGUGUUUUUAUUCAUGAUCAGAUGCUAUUUACCGAUUUUGUGAAUGAUGUUGAAGAUUACCUUGAGGAUAUGAAGGAAUAUCAGACUAAUACUGGAGGAGUCUUUGAAGACCUUGAUGAAUAUGUUUACAGACACUUCUUUGGGAGUGCUUAUUCCAAUCCAUAUGGACCAAGGAAACCUGAAAAAGUACCUGUUUACAAAGAGAGAAAACAGGAACAGAAGAAUCCAGCUCGAUAUAAAAGGGAAGGUAAAUGGCAUAAGCAUGGGCGUGCCAAUGGAAGACACAUGGCGAAUGUGGAAAUAGAAUUAGGGCAGUUGCCCUUUGAUCCAAAAUAUUGAAUAGCAUGAAUCACUUUCAAUCAUAUAGUUAGCCUUAGAGCCAAGAUAUGCAGUUGGUUACUGUGGACAUUUUUAAACCUUUACCCAUUUCUUACUGUUAGAGAAACUGUGGGGGACUUCCAAAGAAAGGCACGGUGAUGGACAGAUUCUUACUGGAAAUUGAUAGUCUUCAAAUUUGUGAUUUUCGUGUCAUCCCAUGAUCUGGGGGGGCUGGGUAACACUCUGACCCCCCUCAGCAUACAAAUUUGACAUAUUUCGUGUCAGUUCUCAAUAGUUUUUUGGUUUUAAAAGCAUUAAAUGUUGGGAGUGCAUUUUAUACAGGUUGUGGUGUACUAGUAACUUCUAGAUGAGAAUUUUACAAUUGAAGCUGUAAGUAAGGCUGGCCAUACGCUUUGCAAUCUGAUUGCACAAUCAAUUUUAGAUUUUCCAAAUCUAUGUAGGGUGAGGGCCUAUCUAAAUAAGCCAUUCAAUUUGUAUCCAAUCAGGCUGGCUCUUGCCAUACAUAGCGAUUGGUAGAGCUAAAGGAAAUUGAUUGUACAAUCAAAUUGUCCCGUGUAUUGUCCCCCUGUUAUUUCAUCUCAGACACUGCACUGUCUCUCCUUGUGCCUUGAUUUCUAAAUGACACCCCCCUAUCCUGUUAUCCUGGCUCUAAGUGGCUGGUGUUCUCUGUUGUGAAAUCUGUUUAGGCUUUGCUAAGAUUUUUCAUUUAGUAAUGAACAGAUUACUUUUGGUUGCUUGCAUGACUCCGUGUCAUCUAUGAUCCCCGAAUCACAACAAAUAAUUGUCGGAUGUGUUUCUGUGCUAAUAGAUGUGCAGUGUUCAGUUUCUUUUCCUAUUAACAGAAUUUUCGCUUAUAAUUUGUAUGUUCUGAUUUCAUUUCUUGCAGUUCAGAAAAAAAAUUGUUUCUCAGUGUUUGCAGGAAAAAUAAGACACUGAAUAAAAAAAAUAAAAAAACUUUAUUUAAAAUCA